AUGGCCACAAAUAAUAGCGUGACAACAGCAUCCGCUACAAUUGACGAUGAAAUAUUUGCUUCUCAUGCGAGUCAAGAUCCUGAAACAGAAUUAUUUGAUCGUACAAUUGGUGUAAUUGAAGAUAUGAUUAUGGAUGAUGAAUUUCGUCGUAUACAAGAUCAAUUUUUAGAACAAAAUUGUCGUGAAUUUGAUGAUUCAGAUGAAAAUAAACUUUCUUAUACUACAAUACAUAAAGAUUAUCUAAACAUAGUAGAAAAUUAUGUUAUAAAUCAAUUAAAAAAAAAAAUUCCGCAGUUUGAUCUUGAGCCAUUUAUGAAACAAUUAACAUUAAGAAAACAAGAAUUAGAAGGUGAAAUAUUUGAAUUUUUAUGUACAUUUACCGAUUUUCUUGCAUUCAAAGAAAUGAUGUUAGAUUAUAAAAAAUCAAGUGAAAAUGCAGGACAAAUUGAUACGAGUUCAUGUUUACAAUCGAUUAGUUUAAGUGGUAUCGAUUAUGAUAAUGACAAUAGAGCUGCCAUGAUGAAUCGAUUGACUCCUAUGUUAGAUCAAGUGAAAGUAGAUGAUGAUGAACAACAAUCAUCGCUACCAACAGCAUCAUCAGCACAAUCAACAAGAAUAGCUCAAUUAGACUUAGGAAUACAAGGAACAAAAUUGAAAGCUCCAUCGUCAAAUUCAACAUCAAAGAAAAAAAGUUAG